AUUCUCAAUUUACAUUUUGCAAAGAACUAAAAAAAUCCAGAAAUUUUCUCUAAAAUGGGCAUUGUUUUCGGAAAGAUCUGUGUUGAAACACCGAAAUACAAAUCAAUUCAAUCUACAGCAGAUUACGAAAUCCGCAAAUACCCAGCAGCUGUUAUAGCACAAGUCACAUACGAUCCGAUCCAGUUCAAAGGCGACAAAGACGGUGGAUUCAAACUACUAACCAAUUACAUCGGCAUAUUCGGUAAUCCCCAAAACUCAAAUCCUGAAAAAAUCGCGAUGACAACCCCUGUAAUCACCAAAUCGUCUGAGAAAAUCGCGAUGACUACACCGGUGGUGACUAAGAGCGAUGACGGAGAGAAGAAUACGGUGACUAUGCAGUUUAUUUUGCCGGCGACGUAUACGAAAGGUGAAGAGGCACCGAAGCCGUUGGAUGAGAGAGUGGUGAUUGUAGAAGAAGGGGAAAGGAAGUAUGGGGUGGUGAAGUUUGGUGGGACUGCAAGUGAUAAAAUAGUGAAAGAAAAAGUGGAGAAUUUGAAGAAAUUGUUGGAGAGAGAUGGGUGUAAGAUAAUUGGGGAAUAUGAAUUGGCUAGGUAUAAUCCGACAUGGAUAUUGCCUCCAUUUAAGACCAAUGAAGUUAGGAUUCCAGUUGAGUGAAGCUGAAACGUAUUGUAUAUGAGCUGUAUACUUUGUAUAUCAGACUCUAUUAAGUUUGGGAGCGUGUACUAUUUCAUUGCCUGCUUUAUAGUGUGUUAUAUCGAAUUUAUUAUGUAGUUCUUGCUUAUUUGCUUUUAUUAAUAGAGAUCCAA